AUGGUAACUACAAAAAGCAAACAAUUAAAUGGUGUAGUUGGAAAUCUUAGUCCUGAUCAAGCGUUUAGCAUAGAUUUUCACUGCGGGGUCAGUGAUAAAACACUUUGCACUAAAGCUCAAGACGCUUUUAAUUCUGUUGGUAAAAGAAUAGCUUCCGUACUAAAGCUUAACACUGUAAUAAAAGUAAAUGCUACUUUCACUGACUUCUGCAAAACGCUUAAUGAAUGUUCAAAUGGCAAUGGCUUAGUUUUGGCUCCUGCGCGAUCAAUCCCAAUAGAAGAUGAUGAUAAUGUGACAAGACUUUAUCCUCAGGCUUUAGUAAAACAAAUGAACUUGAAAAACCGUCCACAAUAUGGCGAUGGUAAAAUAAAACAAGGUCAGAAUGACUUUGAAUAUAUAGUAACUCAUGAAUUCAUUCAUGGACUAGGUUUCGGGUCAAGUUGGAGAAAUUAUUUUAGUGCUGAUAUAUUAACCCCAUUGCCAGUAACUAGUGGUCAGAGACUUUCGGGAUUUGUGGAAUCAAAAUUUGAUAGAUACAUGUUCGUUAAACAGAAUGGCACUUUUGUACCAAUGACUUCACUCACCAAACAAUUUAAUAGCCUUUUUACAAAUUCUUCAAUUAGUUUAAAUCAAUUUGCAAAUUCUUCUCAAUUUUUACUUUCACAACAAUUAUUCACGUCUGCAUCUACACAAUUCUCAAUGCAAUUUGUAACUAGUUCAAAAGAUCAAGUAUUCUUAGAAACCGGUCUCAAACCUUUUCAAGAAGGGUCAAGUAUUAGUCAUGUAGAUAAAUCUUUUAUGCAAAAUGGUGAUUUUUUAAUGACAUUUGCUGCAAAAGAUGGUGUUACUCUAGAUGAUUUUGCUCAAUCUAAUGGGGUUUCUAAUGGUGCUGUUCCAUAUAUGGUUUGUGAUCUGACAGGCAUAGACCUUCCACCCAAUUCCUCAAAUGAUUCUUCUUUUCCUUCAAGAUCAAGUAUAACAUCUGAAUCUCGUUUUUUAUGUGUAUGUCCAUCAUCACGUGCUUCAGAACCAAUUCUAAACUUUCUUAAACCUCGAGCUUUUGAAGAGGGUGAAGCUGACUUAUUUUGA